ACAUAGCAGCAGUGGCAGUCCAAAUGCAGUCACUGCAGUAAACUGACACUUGCAGAUAGUCUGCAAGUGUCACUGAGUAAUAUAAUAAUCAGAUUGCUUGUACUCAGGGGCGGACUGACAACUCAUGGGACCUCCGGGCAAUAGGGGAUCAUGGGGCCCCUGUGUCCUUGCCCAAACUCAAAAAGCCUAUGAAAAAGGUACCAGGGGCAUCUCAUGGGGCCCCCUACUGACCCCGGGCCCUCGGGCAGUGCCCAAGUUUCCCAAUGGUCAGUCCGCCCCUGCUUGUAAU